AUGCCCAAGCAAAUACGCACCGAUGGCCUCACCCACUUGUACGGCUCGUUUGCUACUAUAGAUCCAGACACGCUUACGGUCAAGCCGUGGCAUGAAGACGAUGUGAAGCUCUACAAGGAGUUCACAGGUCUCAAGAAGAAAGGACUCUAG